AUGGACGAUGGGGUAGAUUGGAAUGAGAGGGAACGAAAUAUAUGGAUCACUCAGAUGAUAGAAUCCUGGUCGAAGGGCGACACUUCCAAUAGACACACAAGACAAUAUUGCAUAGACCAAUAUGGCGUCAAUUUUGUCAAAGAAGAGCUACCAUCUUUAUUGAGACGAGAUGGAUUGCCGGAGGAUGAAGUAGUCCGAUUGACUAAGGAUAGUCUGGACAUGGAGCCACCGCCCCCUCAUCCAUAUUGGGAAGAUGAAGACGAGUCAGAUUCCGAUUGUGAAGAGUCGGAGGACAGUCAAGGAGAGUAUGAUGAAGAUAGCGAUGCCGGCAGCGAUGAAGACAGUGAUGACGAACUGAGUGAUGGUUGGCAGACCGCAGACGAAGAUUGA